AUGGAAUUAUCUAAAGCAGCAACUGUGCAAUUAAUAAAUGAAUUAAUACCUUUUAUGCCAGUUGUACAAAGACAAACUGCAAUUCCUCCACAUUUACAAAUAUUUGCAACGCUCCAUUUUGUAGCAUCUGGAUCAUAUCAAAGAAAAGUGGGACAAGACUUUUUAUCGUGCAUGAGUCAGACUUCUAUCUCUGUAUCUAUUCAUGCUACGAUAAAUGCAUUAAAUAGAAUUAUGGGACAAUGGAUCCAAUUUUUUGAAAAAACUGGAUUCCCAGGAAUAAUUGGAGCAAUUGAUGGAACGCAUAUUGCCAUUUUUGCACCAAAUACUGUACGAGAACAUCUCUUCAUCAAUAGGAAACUAUAUUAUUCAUUAAAUGUGAUGAUUGUAAGUGAAAAAUUAAUAUAA